AUGGUCCUCGCCAAUGUGUUGGGACUGGAUUAUUUGAGUAGCUCAGGGGAAAAAUCUCGACCACGAGAUGAUGAAGAUUUCUACAUUUUGGGUGGAAAUUCUCUGUCGCGAAAACAAAUACAAAAAGGCGAGGCCGUUUUAGUGCGCGAAUGGAACUUUAAGCACCCAGACGCCUCGAAUAAAGGUGCUCAUAGCUUUGACGAAAUCGUCGAGUUGCUGGUCGAAGCAUUCAGUCGGAAUGAUAUUGUGGCUCGAGCUUUCGAACUUUCUCUGGCAGACCUGAAACUGGCCGCAUCCAUCUAUUUGGGUUCAAUUUGUCAGGGUCAAGGGAUUGUUCUGACCGCCUCGUUUGUGAUCGAUUCGCCCGAGGACUGUGCAACAGAUGUAUGUUGGGAUCAAGAACAGCUAGUCGGUACGCUGAUCAGUCUGCCCAUGCAAAGUGUGCCGGAACUGCCAAAAGAUCACAAGCUUCAUGCUCUGCAAAGAUACUUUGAGUUCUGUAGUGCAGUUCAUUUGAAUGAACUGAACCCGUCCAAAACGCUGACUGUGAUCAUGGCCGGGAUGGUGCCUCCGGUCACGGAUUUCCCCAAAUGUGAAGCAAGGUCAACGUGGGCCAAAUGGAAGCGAAUCACUCUCGAGAUUUUAGCCAAGAUGGAAACGGAGCUUCUCAAAGUGGCUCAGGAACAAAACUACACCCAUGUGGAAACACUCAACACGUGUGAGACGACAAAAGAGUUGUGUCUCGAACUCGGAUACACGUUGUUUAAAACCACUCGUAUGCAACAGUUUGCUGAGGCAGAACAUCUCGCAUUAGAUCCCAAGUAUUAUGACCAUUGUUGCUACCACAUGAUCAAAGCAUUGUGA